GCAGUACGUGCCAUUGUCUGCAAAGAGGAGGAAGACGAAGGCCUGCCGCUAUGUCGACGGUGUCCACCACGCAAGACGAUGCGAGCGAAGACCCGACGAGUACGUCGUCUAGCACGACCCGCACGGUGGCCGGGAGCGAUGGUGGCAUGGAGUCGAACCUACUCGAGAUGAUGAGCCUGAGCCUGAACGAGCUGCAGCAGCUGUCGGCGCUCAACGACGAGGGUCCGCGGGCGCCCGUCAACAGCUUCGAGAGCCUGGCGUCCGACAACCCCGCCGGGUCGAAUGAGGACGCCACGUCGAGGCGUUCCAGCCUCGGUUCUUCCGACAGGGCUGGGGGCCGGCCGCAGGCAGCGCUGGUCAGAGAUGACCGCACCGUCACCGAGACGAUCUCGGAAGAGGCCAAGGCUCGGCGCUCAUCGAACGGCGCCUCGGCCGCCUCGCUGGCCUGCGUGGCGGUCCUGAUGGUCGCCUUCCUGGCGGCCAUCGCCUACGGGAUCUUCCUCUUCCGCCUGGGACACAUCCCGGCCCCGGUCAAGAAGACGGGCGCACACCGGUCGGCCAACGACACCGGCGCUGACCGCGGCUGACCGAAGCGCCACUUGGCUGCAAGACGCGGCUUUAGUAGAAAGUGCUCAGCUGGGCUGACCUUGUGUGUUUUAUUGUUUGAUUCGCUGCCGACAAAUGCGCUGUACGAUUUCUAAUACAUCUUUCGUUUGC